AUGGCAACUAGUACUCGGUCUACACCUUCGCCUCCUCCAGCAGGUCCAAAUUCUAUAAGCGUCUCUGUUUCCCAUGCAUCCAACGGAAAUGCUCAAUUUCGCAGUCGACGUGGACGUAACUCUGUGCCGGCUGGACUCACCCCUAUUCGGCCUUCACUUGAUUAUAGUACUACCAACAGCUAUCUGGGUGGCGAGAGUACUGUCGGUAACGACACAACUACAGAUGGAGAGACUUUUGUUAUCCAAUCGUUCGGGCGACCACGACGGUCCUCUACAAUGAGUUCAACAGCCUCCAAGCCGACAAUCGACAUUAAUCCAGCUGAUACUCAAGAAACCCGGGCGCAUAGAGUGGUCCCAAGACACGGUCGCGAAAGCCCUCAUCCCCAAAACGGGGCCAAUUCGCGCGGCGCUGGCCCAAUACCUAUGUCUCCCCACUUUUCUUACCUUCUCCCAGACAAGCUGUAUCUUGGAUCCUCAAUAAACUUGGACGCCCGGCAGAUGAGCGAACACAGCUUGCUAAGCAUAGCUGUCUUGAUUGCUGCGUGGCAACUUCUCACCGUUGGAGAAAGCAAUGCGGCAAUGAUGCUCCUGGUGCUUGUCGUGUGCAGCUUGGUGUAUGAGUAUGGAACCCCAGUCUCCACAUAUCUGUUUCCGCCCAAAUCAGAGCCUCUCUCCCCGAACGCGAACGGGCCUGAACGACCAAAUCGCCGGCCAAAAGUCGUAGUGACAGCUCAGCAUGGAUAUAUCUGGAUGACAGAUGAAAAGAAUUAUCGCGAAUGUACAGACAACGGUGAAUCGACCGCGACACUAUUGGGCCCACUUGUCGUAGCUUCCGCCCUCUUUGCUGCCAAACACACGAUUGCUUCUGUACCUCUAGCAGCUAAUUGGCAUAUGGAAGGUCCAUUGCCACUGCAGGAACAGCAUUACAGCCGCGAAUCGCUUGUUUCAUCACGACGAGGAUUUUUACAAUGUACAUUUCUGAACACGCUUGUUCUCUUGGUACAUAUGUAUUCUGCUAGUAGCCGACGGAACUGGCCGAAACCCGAGAACACUCCUCACGGCGGACGACAGGUUUUGCUCUUUGUUGUAUUUGCGGUAUGUUUGACCGCUGCAAGCACUGCCAUCUACGAAGUAGAUCGGGUCAUGCAACUAGGAUUUUGGGAUGCAAUAUCACACUUGGAUGUUAUUUGCUCCACAUUCUUUUUUCAGAUAGCUUUGUACGUGAGUGUGAGGCUUGCCCGGCGUGCCCUCACUCUUGGAGAACUAGCCUUCAUCGGUCAUGGGGCUACCGCCCUGUUCCUCGAAACACUAAACAUCUCUAUCAUCAAGCAAUGGCCGCACAGUGCAGCGUACGUCAAGACAUUCCGGGAGCCUUCUCCCCUGUUGGUCUUCCAGCUGGCUCUCUUACCUGGGUCAAUUCUCGUUGGGUUCUUGCUAAGCCCACUACUCGCAUUAUCCCGUCAUAUCGCCCGCCGCCCUCGCCUCAGGCUACGGGCGCCUCACCAGACUGAGCAACUCAUCUACCGACGGAUGUUGGCUAUUGGACUUGCAGCUGGAGCAGUUCUUUUGGUUGGUGGUCUUUUAGGUGGCUGGGUGAGAUGGCUUUUAGGAGCACGCGACCCAUGGCUUUGGGUUCUGCGUAGUUUGACGCAAGGUCGCCGAUCGUGGAGCCGUUUGACCCUAGUUUCAUGGUGGGGGUUACUAGGGAGCUUGAGCGUGGCUGGUUGGAACCGACAACUCGCGCGCUCUCGGCGGCAUCCUCAUAUUAACGCAUACACGUCAGUAACGGCGCGGCCCCCAAGUCAAUCGCAUUUCAAACAAAAGCUCCCGCCAACUCCAACUUCAAUGUCUGAAGUUAGCGCUGUAGGGACGUACCCACCCCUUGUUCCGCGUUUGGGUAGUUUGCAGGCCCAGGCUCAAUCAAAUGGGUUCAAAGGCACUACAACGCUGUUGGUGCCGACAAGGGAUAUUCAAGCGGUGGCGACGGACUUGUUGGACGCUGCGAACAAGCACGUGCCAACGCUAAGCCGGAACGGCCGGCGCAAGUUCUUCCAUGCACUUGCCGUACUCAUGUUCGUGCCGGGGAUAUCUUGGGACCCCGCAUUCACGCACCUAGCGUUUAGCCUCGCGUUUUCGUUGUUCACAUUUUCCGAGUAUGUCCGGUAUUUCGCGAUAUAUCCGUUUGGUGCGGCAGUGCAUGUAUUCUUGAGCGAAUUCCUUGAUGAAAAGGACAGUGGGUCGGCUAUAUUGAGUCAUUUUUAUCUCCUAACUGGAUGCGCGCUGCCUCUAUGGUUAGAAAGUCCGUGGCGUGUUUUGGGGCUGGCGGGAGUUAUUGUAUUGGGCGUGGGAGAUGCGCUGGCAUCGAUUAUUGGCAAGCGCCUGGGGUUUUCGAGAUGGUUCCCGAGUUCGGGUAAGACUUUAGAAGGAACAAUCGCAUUUGCUGUUUCAGUAUUUUUAUGCAAUUGGAUGGUGGCCGCACAAGAGUUUACUUCGGUAAAUAUCGACCACAUGGGAUGUGCAGUGAUCAUGACCGCGUUACUGGAAGCAUUUUCUAAACAAAACGAUAAUUUGACUAUUCCCUUGUAUCUAUGGUGUAUGAUGGUUAUACUACCUGUUGGAACAGUGUAA